AUGAGUUCGGAGAAAAGGCGUAUUCCCUCAUCGGAGUGGGAGCACCACAAAGACACCAUUUCAGAGUUGUACGGUAGAAAACCGCUCAAAGAUGUUCGAGAAGAGAUGCGAGACCGGCACGGCUUCCACGCCAGCUCUUGGCAAUACGAGGCACAAUUCAAGCGCUGGGGGUUUCGCAAGUAUGCGACCCAGAAUGAAUGGCGACAGUACUUCUCGAUCAAAGGCACGCCGUCCCUAACAAUCUUACGUGACAUCCCGGGUCAGACCGUACCGCCAGUCAUCCUCAAAAAAUCAGAUGCGAGCAAAAAGCGAGCCAGAAGAUGGGUAAGAGGACCUCCUGUGGCGCCGGGCCCUCCUCAAGGCUUCCCUUCACUGCUGCCUCGUGACGAAGCACAUUCCGUUCACGCCCUGGUUACAAACGACACUCUCGCGCCCCGAGAAACCGCGCAGCCCGACAAUGAGGGUCUAUUCCUAAGUGUUGACGACACGCUUCAACCACUGCAAAGUGUUCCAGUGCCUGACGGAGCUUCAUUCGGCGCCAUAUUUACCACUUACGACUAUCCUGGCACUUAUGGCCUUCCUGAGAGCCCCUCGCAAACGUUAUUCGCUGCUCUGAACGCACCUGCCGCUUCCCUGGACCUCAAUCUUAUGCAAUUCCAAGUUCUAUCAUCUUCAUUGGCGCAGAACUCCCAGUUGUCGGCUUCCAUUCCAGAGUCUUUUGUUGCGGCUAUGCUUUCACCACUGGGACUACCAGAGAGGAACAAUAUGGCCUUCUUUUACGGAAUGUUGCAAGAUGCUGCUUUUCGGCAGGAGUUGCCAUUCGCACAGCUCGAAAAACGUUUGGAAUCCAAGGGAAUCGUCCUCGGCCGGUCCUCCGGGAGUUCCAUUCCCCCUAACCUCGUGUCCACAUCAAUUGCGGGCAUCUUGCCAUCGGACCACCGGUCCCUGCCACGGCGAACUACCGGACUGCAGCAUUUCAAGCAAUUUCUUCAUUAUCUGCUUCCGGGACAAAGCACUGCCAUUGUGACUGGAGAUCAGGCAUUCGAGACCAACUUCGCCCGCAUGCUGCUUUUCUCCGUGCUCAACGGAUUUGCAGGUCUCGAUGAAGUGCCCAUGGAGAACAUUCUCAGGUUUCUCAAGCGACUAGUCAUCAACAAGCUGCUCGUCGACAUCUUACAACAAUGCCCACGGUAUAUCUCGAGGACGCUUACCGACAAUAUCUUCCGGGCAGCCAUCGAGGCUGGAGAUACCAGGGUUGUGAACCUAUUGCUCGAUCGCAACCUCGUUGACGUCAACGAGACGGUCUGUCUUCAGCAGGGCCAAAAGUAUACCCCGAUCGAGCGAGCAACUAAAUUGGCGUCUCUGCAACUCAUGCGGUUACUCAUUGACGCAGGCGCCGAUGUCAACAAGUCUCAUGGUGGCUCCGGGCUCGGCGUACAGGGAGGUGCGCUGGGUGUACUGCUCAGGGAUAACUUGCCUCUCCAUCGAAAUUACUAUCCAAUUGAUGCCCGAUGGAUGAACAUCCGAUCCGGAGCACUCAAAGCAUGCGAUAUGCUCAUCGUCGCGGGUGCUCAACUGGAUGAGGGCAUGCUUUCUAUUGUGGCUCGGGGUCCACCUCUGGAAUUUGCUUGCCAUCUCUCCCUGCACAUACACCCGAAGUGCCAUCAGCAAUUUUUCCACAACUUGGCGCAAGGCUUUCGUCAAAAAACGGGUAAUGACGACUAUGUUAUAUUAAAAUUGUUUGAAGACAUGAUCGCACUUUGCAAUAAAGCUGGUUGCAACAAAUGUCUUGUCGAUUUUAAGCGCGACCUGGAGAAUGUCACCGUUGAUGCCGCACAAGCCGGUAGACUUCAAAUUGUGCAAUUUUUCAUGGAAAGAGUCGAUGUCAGUUUUGCCUUGUCCCGAGUUCUCACAGCCGCUAUUAUGUCCCAAAGUGACGCUCUUAUCGACUUCAUUCUCAGCCACGGCCCCGACCUCAAUCCCCAGGUUAUGAUCAUGCCUCCUCCGUUGCCGGGUCCUAAAAAACCUUACCAUACGACACCGAUCGCGGAGGCCGUAAGGUACGGCGAUGAGGAUCUGAUUCAGAAAUUUGAAGCUGCAGGCGCUCUUGACAAUCUGUGUAUAGGUGGUCGUUUUGAAGCCCUAGUCAAUGCAGCUGCUGAAGCAGGAAAUGUGACUUACAUGGAGAAGCUUCUUAAUCGAGCAGUCACUUCAAAGGAAGCUCACCGGCCAAACGGGGCGGCCUUGGCCACGGCUGUCGAUCUGGGCUAUCGAGACAUCUUGCAAAUGCUUCUGGAAGCAGGUGCCACGUCACGGAGAGAAAUGUCGUCAUGGGCGCAUGGGCCGAGCGAAUUUUCUGGAGCGCUUCAACGAGCCCUGAGAAAUUCUGAUUCACGAGCGAUGCGAGCUCUCAUCGUCUUCGGCGCUUGCGAAUCAUAUUUCCAACUCACAGAGGGAGACUGUGCCCAUGUGGAUCCUUCGAUGUUCGUUGAAUAUCUGCACGAGUAUCCCGGACAAGGCAAUUUUCAUAUUCCAGCUAUCAUCAGCACAUGUAUCGAAAAGGACGCAUUGGAAUCCUUCAAAAAAAUCCUCGAGAUCCUGUCACCGGAAAGCGUUUCGCUCGACCACUGCCUUCAAGCUGCAGUCGAAUUGGGCCACGAGGAGUUGAUUGAAUACCUUCUAGACAUAGGUGCUAGCCCAUUCGACGCCGAAGUUCUCCAAGCCGCGAUGCCUGACAGACAAGAUAUGCUGCUCUUGCUGCUCCAAAAAGACAGGCGACGGCAGACCUUGCCAAAAUGUAUUGGGGCGUCUAUCUUGAAGUCUUUCAUGGGCGACGAUGCAGGGAAUGCUGAGGCUCUUAACGCCUUACUUCAGACGCAGGCUAUCAACUUCACGAGACUUGAAGAAGUGAAGGGAGAACGGUAUGGCGUAUACGAAACGUACUUAUUAUCGCCUCUGGGGCUAGCCAUACAGGGCUUCGACGAGGACUUCGAGAUGGACGAGGACUGCGACACAGACGAGGACUGCGACACAGACGAGGACUGCGACACAGACGAGGACUGCGAGACAAACGCGGCCGCCAUGGAGAAAUUCCUUCAGGCUGGCGCCGAUCCCAAUGGUAUCGUGAGAGCGGAGUCCUCGAGUGGGCCCCUCAUGACUGCACUCAUGGUCGCUGUUGAAACGGGCCGAGAAGACGUUGUAAAGAUUUUACUAGAUUACGGCGCCGACGUGAACGCCCGGCCACGCUUACGAACUAUCCGUACCGCACUCCAGCAUGCCGCAGCGAUUGGCAAGGCCGAAAUGGUGCGACUACUUCUCAGCAAUGGCGCGGACCCAAACAACGAAGCACCUCCCCAGGGCGGGGCCACGGCGCUCCAGUUUGCUGCCAUAUCGGGAAGCUGCAACACGGUGGCGGACCUGCUGGACUGCGGGGCGGACCUCGGCGCCCUGCCAUCUAAAGUCGACGGCAGGUGGCCCCUGGAAGGUGCUGCCGAGGCCGGACGAUUGGACAUGAUCCGUUUUCUCUGGGAGUUGAACACAUCCGAACUUCAGCUGGUGUACUAUUGGAGCAUUGUGGAAGUUGGCGCUUUGAACUUGACCAUGAGGGCUUCCAGCAGAGUCUGUGGACCUGGCAGCACAAACAAUACAAGCGGCGCAUGUGGUAUUUGUCUGGGUCUUUCCCUGAUCCACUUCAGAUCUGUAUCCAAGGACAAUAGCGACGACAAAAAGCCAAGAGGCAGUGGCACGAUGCCUGAUCUUGAAGCAGCGGUCAAUUUCGAUGCGGGCGGAAGUCAAGACAAGGGAGAAUGUAAAUUCUGCAUGCGUAUCUUCAGCUACUUACAGGCUGAGAACCCGGUCGACAGCACGGGUGCCAAAGAGCGCCAGAUAGAAAUUGGGCGAUGGGAUGAGGUUAUUCUCGCUUCUGACUGCCUCAAACAUGUCCAGCUCAUAAAAUGGGCUUUCGAUAACAACACAGAGGUCCAGCCAUCCGCUGAAAUACAUCUGAACUGGGUUUCCCUCAGCAACUCUUCCUAUUUCGCCAUCCAAUCACGAUCACUAUCAGUCAGCUUCAACUUGCAUGACAGCGCGCAUCCAGAGAGGCCCCAAGCGAGGCUGAUUGACCAGUCGUGGGUGGACUCCAGUCUCCUUCGGUCCUGGAAGGACAAAUGCGACAACUGCCACGGUGGACGUUGUCAAUCGCCUCCAUGGGUGAGAUCGAGUCGGAUCAGGCCGACGAGGCUGAUCGACGUCUUGGAUAAGUGUCUCGUAAAGACUUGCGAGGACGUCAAUUAUGUGGCAUUGAGCUAUGUAUGGGGCAGAGAGCCAUACUACACGACUCUCAAACAUAACCUCGCCCGCAACCAGCAGCCCAACGCCCUGACCGGAGGCAACGUCGACCUGGAGGUCCCCAUCGCACCGGUGGUACUGGAUGCCAUGGGCGCCGUCCAGCUCCUGGGCGAGCGCUACCUCUGGGUCGACGCCCUGUGCAUCGUGCAAGACGACUAUGCUACAAAAAAGACAGAGCUCGACAACAUGGGUCAGAUUUACUCCCAUGCUACCAUCACAAUCAUCGCCGGCUUGGGAUCUGGCGCAUCCAGUGGGCUGCCGGGGCUCAAGGGGUUUUCUGCGCCUCGCAACGCACCACAGAACAUUUGCCAUCUGGAGCCACAUCUCCGUGCGGUGGAGACGAUAGAGCAGCAGUCUGGGAGCGUCUGGAAGACACGAGCGUGGACUUAUCAGGAAGAGAUCUUCUCCCGCCGGUCUCUGACCGUCGGCGAGCAGACUGUAGAGUGGCGAUGCGCAUCGGCGAUCUGGUUCGAGGACCGUCACGAAACGGACGUCCCGACGUCGAGUCAUUACUUGUCAACCUACCAGGAUGCGCUGGGGACCGUCGUCCCCAUUCCAAGAAGCAUAGGUGAGCUGGUAGACAGCUAUAACGCGAGGGAGCUGACGUACAACGGCGAUGCUCUCAACGCGUUUGCUGGGAUUGCCUCCGUCUUAAGCCGAGGCCUUCAGGGCGGUCUGAUUUCCGGUUUGCCUGAGGGCUUCUUCCACGUAGCCCUUCUUUGGCAACCCGAGGCUUUCUACGAAUUCCGGGAUAAUGAACACGACCCUAGUGCUUGUAUUCCUAGUUGGAGCUGGGCAAGCUAUAAAGGGCAAGUGCGACAGUGGUCGUGGAAUAUAGCUGACCAGUUCGCAUUUGAGCAUAAGGGUUACUAUCCGCUAAAUACUGGAGGAGGUGAUGAGGUGUAUCCGCUCGUCCAAUGGAGCUGCCGUGAGGUGCUUGACAGUCCGGGUGAGGAGAUCAGACACACGUGGCUGAAGUAUCGGGAGCCCUCCGAUGCACUUGAGGUCGAACAAGCUGGGUGGGCUCGCCACCUAACGGCCGGGGACAAAGACUUCACUAUGGAUGAGACUGUACGAUCAGGCAGGCUGCCAGAGUAUUUCUACACUCACAAGGCAGCACCGGGGUCCAAGUACUGGUGGCCAGUGCCCCUACCUGCAGAGGAUGACCCGCCCCAGCCGCAGCGAAACAUGCCUUUCAUAUCCUGUAGAACAAGGAGAGGUUGGCUUCAAGGAGAUGGUGUCCUGAGAAUAAUGCACUCGGCGGAGACCGUGGUUGUCUCACUCCGCACCGCGAACAGCGCGUGGGCUGGGGCGAUAGGUGUGAUGGGUAUCGGCGAAAUAGAUGACUUCGAGUCCACGCAUUACGACGUAACAGAUGUCAAAGGCACCGAGGAUCUUCCAGAAGAGAUUGUGGAACUGGCGAGUGACAGCUUUGAGCUGGUUGAAGUCGCACGAGGCACCGUGGGCCACGUCCUGUCCGAAAUGAGCUACUCGAAGUUCUGGACGAACCCCUUAGAGCAAGAGACGCCGGGAUCGGAGGUUCACUAUGUAAUGUGGAUUGAAUGGGAAGGGCCAGUCGCGUAUCGGAGAGGUCUUGGCCGUGUACUGAAGUCUGUCUGGGAGACUAUUGAGCUUGAAUGGAUUGACUUGAUUCUGGGUUGA